AUGCCUGCGAUUCGUCAGAUCCGUGUGAUUUCACGCUACACGAAAUUUUGGAAUUCGAAUCGAAAUUACACAGUGUAAUUAGUUUCAUUGGAAUAUUCAACUAUUUAAUAUUACCGAUAAACAGUUAUCGAGUGACAAAAAUGGUAGAAUUAAAGUGGGAAGAAAAAUAUGAACUCAUCACUAGAAAUUUGGCUGAGUGGCUUGGUGAUGAAAAACUUAAAAGUAUUUUAAAGCAGCGAGAUGUAAAAAUCUAUUGGGGUACUGCGACUACUGGCAAACCCCAUAUUGGCUACUUUACACCAAUGUCCAAAAUAGCAGACUUUUUAAGAGCUGGAGCAGAAGUUACUAUAUUAUUUGCUGAUCUUCAUGCAUACUUAGAUAACAUGAAGGCACCUUGGGAACUUCUUGAAGUUCGUACUCAGUAUUACAAAGCAAUUAUCAAAGCAAUGCUCAAGUCUAUUGAUGUACCUUUAGACAAACUAAAGUUUGUUACAGGAACUGAUUAUCAAUUGUCCAAGGAAUAUACGUUGGAUGUUUAUCGUUUAACUUCUGUUGUAACUGAACACGAUGCAAAAAAAGCUGGUGCUGAAGUAGUUAAACAAGUUGCUAAUCCUUUACUCUCUGGAUUAUUAUAUCCAGGAUUACAAGCUUUGGAUGAGGAGUACCUUAAGGUUGAUGCUCAAUUUGGUGGUGUAGACCAAAGAAAAAUCUUUACUUUCUCAGAAAAGUAUUUGCCACUGCUUGGAUAUGAAAAGCGCAUCCAUUUAAUGAAUCCAAUGAUUCCUGGAUUGCUGGGAUCAAAAAUGUCCUCCUCCGAGGAUGACUCCAAGAUUGAUCUUUUAGACAAUCCUGCAGCAGUUAAAAAGAAGUUAAAGAAAGCAUUUUGUGAACCUGGCAAUGUUACCAACAAUGGAAUUCUUUCAUUUAUCAAGCAUGUUAUAUAUUGUUUGUUAAAAGAAGGAGAAUCUUUUAACGUACCAAGAACUUCUGAAUUUGGUGGAGAUAUAUCGUUUGACAAAUACGAGGAUUUGGAGAAUGCAUUCGCUAAAGAAGAAAUUCAUCCUGGGGAUCUAAAAAAUGCAACUGAAGUUUACAUUAACAAACUUUUGGGUCCAAUUAGAAAAGAAUUUGAGGCAAAUUCAAAGUUACAAUCUUUGGCGAGUCGCGCAUAUUCUCCUCCACAAAAGCAAAAAGCUGUAGAAGAAUUAACACCAGCUCGGCUAGACAUUAGAGUUGGGAAGAUAGUUGAAGUAUCAAAACAUCCUGAUGCGGAUUCACUUUAUGUAGAAAAAAUAGAUUUAGGGGAAUCUACUGGGCCUCGUACAAUAGUCAGCGGUCUUGUAAAUUAUGUACCAUUGGAAGAAAUGAAAGAUAGAAUGGUAGUUAUUCUAGCAAACUUGAAACCAGCAAAUCUGAGAGGCAUACAGUCUCAUGGAAUGGUUCUAUGUGCAUCAGUAGAUUUACCUACAAAACAAGUUGAACCAUUGAGACCCCCAGUAGAUAGUACUCCGGGCGAAAAAAUUGUUGUGGAAGGAUAUGAAGAUGGAUCACCAGAUGCUGUACUUAAUCCAAAGAAGAAAGUGUGGGAAAAAUUACAAGUUGAUCUUGUAGUAAAUGGUAAUGGAGAGGCAUCUUGGAGCGGAAAUCUUUUAUUCACUGCAAGCGGUGGGAAACUUACAACUGACACUCUUAAAAACGUAACAAUUAAAUAAUCCAUUUCAAAUAUUCAGGUAUCUGAGCAUUUUCAUUUUUUACUCGUAAAAGGACAGAUGAUAAUUCAAUAUUUUAAACAGAAGUGCUUAAUAUUUAAAUAUAUGUUUUCUAUUUUACUUUAUUGUUAGCAUUACGGUUUUGUAUUUCCCAAAUGUAAGUACAGUCCCAAAAAUAAAUAAGCGCGUUGUUGCAAGAGAUUUUAUAUAGAGUGGUUACAUACAGAUGGUAAUCUUUUUAGUUGGUGAUUCUACAAGUUAUAAUAAGACGAAAAUGAAGAAUAACGAAAUUGUGU